AAUUCCAAGGCACGAAAGUUGUCGGUUUUCAGUCAAGAUGCAAGUUAUUGCAAGAGUUAUAAAAUCUUGUCGGGAGACAUUUCGAGUACCAGUCUUGCAACAACUGCAAAAGUAUACAGAAAAUGCAUCGAUCGUAAAAUCACCGCUAUUGAAUCUAAAGGGUUUGGAAAAUACAACAGUCGCAGAAGUUUUAAUGAAAAAAGAAGAUGAAGAUGUUGGAUCAUGGCUCUGGUGCAAGAGCGAUGACACCGUCUAUGAUGCUGCAAAACAAAUGGCUCGAAACAAUAUUGGAUCUUUAGUGGUUCUUAAGCCUGGAGAUGAACAGAUGAUUGCAGGAAUCGUCACUGAAAGAGAUUGCUUGCAGAAGGUAAUUGCUAAGGAUAAAUCAUAUAAAUACACCAAAGUCCAGGAAAUCAUGACAAGCCAGAACAAACUGGUAACGGUGGCAUCCGACACAAAUGUUUAUCAAGCAAUGCGACUAAUGUCAGAAAACCAGAUACGACAUGUACCGGUCAUCGAUGGAAGGAUAGUGGGGAUGAUUUCUAUGGUUGAUGUUGUACGGACAGUUGUGGAUCAACAAAGAGGUGAAGUGAAUAAGUUAAAUGACUUCAUCAAAGGCGACUAUUAUUAGUUUCUCCUAAUGAAACCAACUUCCUCUUGUACUUUCUCUUUUAACAGAUGAAUAAUAAUAUGUUUCAAAAGGGACUCACUCAUGCCCUAAUUUCUUA